AGGGCGGCAGUGGUGGAGAAUAUUAACACCUUGGCACGUACUCAGACUGUGGCUAGAAGCCCUCCAGCCCUAGAAGCCAUGAUGAAUAAUGGACUCACAUCGGCGGUGGCUGUUUCGAAAGCCCCCUUGAUGGAUUUGAAGGCGAUCAUGAGCCAUGAUGACGCAAUCUUCGCCAAAUCAACCGCAAACCAAGUCAUCUUGCAGAAUCAGAUGCUGCUCGCGAAUCUGGUGGAUCGUGUCAAGACAAGAACCCCAGGAUUGGUUGGGCCUAGUGAAGAUAGAGAUAAACGCAGACUCAGGAUUAAGGAGGCUAUUCGCAACCGCGGUUUGAACCCAAACCUUGAAGACCUCUUCGACUCUGCAGAUCAGACAAUCGCGGACGAGAACAUGACGGUCUACAGUCCAGCCUCAUAUUUCAUGGAUCUGCUAAUGUAUCUUCGGAACAAUAACCUCGAUGGCAGGAUCUCGCCGGAUGUGAGUCGCUCAGGCGAAGACGAUAACUACAAAGACACUGCCCUUGGGGCGCUCUUUCGCCGAAGGCCGGACUUACAAGAUCUAGAGCUCACCCCAGCAAACACUUCAGCUAUGCUGCCAUAUAUCGAUCUCGUGAACGAGAUCAUGGAGUCAUUUGUAAUUCACCUGCCAGAGUACAUAGCCAACCAGAGUGGGCCGUCUCCGAUAGACUCAUUCAACGUUGGUACCCAAGAUUCUGACGAUCUCCUGUCUCAGCCUCAGAAUAUCAGAAUGGAUGCAUACCGUUACCUGGCUAGUGCUGUCUAUCCGCCGACACUACCUUAUCAUCAACCUGUGGAUGCCCAACGGGCCUUUCUGAAUUUUCUUGGCACCUCACGAGCCGAGAUUGUGAAUACAUUCAGACCUAAGCCACGCCUGCAGAAAUUCGAGGCUCCGAGAGCAUUGGAUGCUCAGUAUUAUUGCGAGGUCCUUGGAAUGCAGCAAGAAGAGUUCCUCAUUCUCACGAAGGGAGUCUUCUGGGAGAAGGAGUUCUUUGAGAUAUCAGCUGGCCUUUCGCCAAUGACCGAUGAACAGUACCAACGGCGUGUUGGUCUCAGAUCCCCUGUACAGUGCUGGGGUUAUUCGACCGCGGAAGAAAUGUUAUCAAUGGAUGAGAAUGCCAGAACGGGAGUGUCCUUUAUGAAAGAGCAACUCCUCCCAAGAUCUGGUCUGUCGUUCGUGGAGCUUGUUGACAUCGUUUCAACCGGCUUCGUAAAUCCUCAUAAACCCACGAGAUUGGAAAGAAUGGUGUUUGACAGCUUGCGGUAUAGCUAUAAGUUCUUACAAGAACUAGUCGACAACACUGGCACCGCCCGGUAUGAUCGCAUGGCGGAUUUCGUGGCCUCGCAUGUUUCAGAGCUCGACCUACAAGCUCUUCUUGAGCGCAGCAGCUUCCAGGCAGGUCCUUCGCCUUCAACCGAGAGCACUAUCAAGGAUAAUCUGAAGACGUGGAUUAGAAGCAACUUCAAGUCCAUAGGGAAGAUAACGGUAAUUGAUGCUGGAGAAGGUCCUCGUCUCAGAGUCGCGGGACGAAUUGUAGCGGUAAAUCGAACAGCGGCAGGGCUACCAUCUUCAUCCUUGGAAAUUGCCGAGCUUAACUCAGACGGCCGUAUCUUACAAGCUCCGGGUAUAGAGCUCAGUCAGGCCCCGGUUGCCACGCUCUUGGACGACGGCACAAUUCUGGAUUAUGCUGGUAACCGGAUGGGACAAGUUGGUCUCAAUUCUCGACUCAAUUUCUUUAUCGAAAACCAGCCAUUGUGGCUAAUCACGGGUGGUAAAUUGACAAACAGCUCUGUAAGCGAUGGUUCUGUCGACUUGGCCAACUCUCAAAAUUUCAACAAAGUGUGGUUCCUAGACGAGGGCAUGGGAGGAGGCGGCAGCAUUGACAAUGCUCGACUUGUUCACCUUGAUGGAUCGCCCUUGUCGCUCGAGGCCUGGGAUCGGCUGCAUCGGUUCAUCAGACUUUGGCGCAAACUUGGAUGGAGCACGGCAGAGACAGAUCGUGCUGUAUGCUCUUUGAUGAGAACAGAUGUGUCGAAUUCGCAGGUAGACGCAAUUACCAUGCCGGUCGCUGAUGCAGGUGGUACUACUUGGGGCAAAGACUCGAAACCGUUCGACUAUCAGCUACCAGUUGACUUCCAAGACUUUGAAGAUGACUUGACACCCGAUUCCUCUCAGGACCCAAAUUCGAGUCUUCCCUUGCCUGAUAUCACGUUCGGACUGAUAGAGCAGCUCGCUGCCGUGAAACAGAUCCUAAGCAGGACACACCUGACUCUCGAAGAGCUCCUGACCUUCUUUUCUUGUAUGACCUUUGAAGGGCCCAAGUCGCAGUAUGCACGACUUUUCCUGGCACGACAGCUUCGUAUGCAAUCGUCGGUCUUUGCACCAGAUUCCUCAGGUUCAUAUUUCUCCAGCACCCAAACUGUUUCCAUUCGGCAGCAGAUUUCGACUGUUGCGGCCGCCUUGUCAAUGAGACAAGAAGAUAUCACUUUUCUCCUAACACCACAAAAUGUCUUCCGUACGGGAACGGUUUCUGAUAUACUCAACAUGAACAAUAUUUCCAGACUCUACAGAUACGCACCGCUGGCAAGAGCCCUAUCAGUCCAAGUGAAAGACCUUUUCCAAAUCAUGGCGGGAUUUGGCGACCCCUUCACUUCUCCAAAAGCCUUUUUAGGACUCCUGGAUGACUGGGAGAAGAUGUCUGACGCCGGAUUUCCUUGGCCAGAAUUACGUUACGUGGUCGACCAAAUUCCAGCAUGGGCAGACCCCCUUGCAUUGACGGCCUAUGAGUCGCUCACCGUGGCUGCCUCGUUAAGAGCGAAAAUGAUUGAGAUCCAAAGUACUCAUCCAUUGGACUUGCCAGUGAGCAUGAGAACGCCUGAUCACACCAACAGCAUCGUCUCCUUGCUACUUCCUGCUAGCACCGUCGCCAAGAUAAUGGGUCUACUGCUUGGAACUUCCACCAGUUCGGUACCAGCCCCGGCCGUGCCAAUUGUCAACUUCAGCGAUUUGGUCGGCUUGUGUUCGCAUCAUGCAGCUGCUUACAUACAACUCUUGAGCAACUCAACAACAAAUCACGACAAUGGCAUACCUUCCGCACUUCAGAAGGCCUGGCAGAGCUCAGUCGAUCACAGAGUUUGUCAAAAGCCAAUUUCAACCUUUGAGAGGGUCAUGAAUGGAAUCCUUCCAAACAAAGUCAUCGAAGAAGAGCUCAGUGGGAAGGAUCAGGUGCUACUUGUACCCAAUUCAACAGAGGCUGUUACCGGGGUCAAUGCGCCGUCUCAAUCAGUCAAGAACACCGACAUCAGCAUGAUGUCGAACCCAAAGAUCGACCGAUUCUUAGCAUACUACAUUCCCUUUCUGCAAGCUAAGCUCACCUACAACUCAGUCCUCGACACAUUAGCGACCGUCGCAGGCUUCAGUGAUCUCAAUAUUGCAAAGACAUACCUGGAGAGCAUCAUAUCUACUGCCGAGAAGAGCAAGUUGCAUUGGCAGACAGCGUCUAUGGAAGCCCAGGAAAUUCCCCAGGAUCAUUAUGUUCCGUUGUGGAAAGGGUACCUGCGACCAACCACCACGGAUGUUUACCAGCUAUAUGCCAAAGACCUCGGCUUGCCGGCUGUUAAGAAUCGGCCGGCAGGCACAGUUGUUUUAGAUGGCCGCUCUAAAGAUUGGGGCGCACCCGUGGACAGCGACAGCGACACCUUUUAUCCUCUUGGGGACAAUCGACCAGGAUUACGGCUGAAUGCAUCUAAGCUGCAUCCUCUCACACUUACUGGCAUCUCCCCCAACCAGCUGUGCUGGAAAACGCAGACGACUGAUAUCGAGAGCAUACCAUCAACAUGCUUUCUGCCAGCUGGAACGCCAAAUCAAAUUUACAUCAUUCUUACAAAACUUCAAAAGUUGGCACUGUUCUCGAACCAUUUCAAGUUGAGCUCAGAAGAGAUCCUAUACAUCCAUCAAAACGCACAGACCUUCACCGAUCUGCCGCAAGACGAGGCCAAAGUCGAAAAUGUUCCGCUUGCCAACGUCCCUCCGGACUUUCCUGACAUAGAUCUGGACGGCAUACAUGCCCUAAGGGGUUGCACACGGUUGUACGAUUAUACAAAACUCCGAGAUCGAUUGCCGCAGAACACAACUUGGUCAUUGAUACAGCUUUUCUCCUGGGCAACACGAAAUGGACAGGCCAGCGGGGCAGAAUUGGCGCAAAAGAUAUCAUUUGCCACCUCCUGGCCAGCUGACAAAGUGCUGGUCCUUCUCAGAAAUAGCAACUUCACAGCUGGGAUUGCUUCCGAAUUUUGUAACGAGAGGAUUCUGAUACACUUGCAAGCACAACUUGACCUCUCGCGACGAAUGGCAGUCCCGCUGGACAACCUCUUCAUUUGGGCAAGUCCAUUGGGAACAGCUCCCAGAGACUUCCAUGCCUAUCAUGCGGCUUCCCAGGCCAUCCAGCAAAAUGCUCGCUCCCGGUUCGGUUCUACAGACUGGACCACAGCUGUUCGGCCUCUGAACAAUCUUCUUCGAGAGCAUCAAAGAUCAGCGUUAGUUGACUACCUCUUGGUGCAACGAAAAUUUGUUCAUGAAAAUAAUAUCGUCGACGCAGAUGGCCUCUUUGAGUUCUUCCUGAUAGAUGUUCAAAUGAAGCCCCUGGUAGAGACUUCCAGAAUUUUUCAAGCUAUCGCGACAGUUCAGCUGUUUGUCCAGCGCUGUAUGCUAGGUCUAGAAGAAGAUCUUGUGGUCGCCAAGGUGCUCGACCGACAGCGAUGGGAAUGGAUGCAGAACUACCGUGUCUGGCAAGCAAACCGACAAAUUUUCCUCUAUCCAGAGAACUGGAUUGUUCCCUCUCUUAGGGAUGACAAGUCGGAUAUUUUCAAGAAUUUCGAGUCCGAACUUCUUCAGACCAAUCUCUCCAAGGAUGCCGUAAGUACUGCGAUGCGCAACUAUGUUUGUAACCUAGCAGACUUGACAAAUCUUAAAGCAGUUGGCCUCCAUGUGGACAAGCGAGGGAAGGGCGACGUGCAUGUCUUCGCGCAGACCAGAACUUCUCCUUUUACUUUCUAUUACAACCGCUUUCGACUCGUGCAAGGUCAAUCAGGACAGUGGGAUGGUUGGCAGGAUAUGAAAAUUCAACUACCUGCCGUCCACGACACGCGCGCCAACACUACCGGUGUUUACAUGGCCCCGAUUGUGUUUGACGGACGUCUGAUCGUCUUUGUACCCGAAUUCACGCAACAGACUAUCCCAAGCUUAUCGGAAAACCAAACAUUCUCGGAACGCGGAGGGAAACCCGUCCAGGACUCUGUGCCGCAGAAGGUCUGGGAGUUGAAGAUGAGCUGGACCGAGUAUCGCAAUGGGAGUUGGACUCCUCGGAAGAAAUGCCCUCAGCCAUAUCGCGACAUCUUUGGGGAUGGAGACGUAAGCCAGUACAUCCUACUCCCAUGUCUUUUGUGGAAUGAUGGCCAGUCCACGGGACCCUCAGGUCGGGAUAUUUCUCCCAGCAGUGUGGCGAUAUAUGUAACGAAUCUUACGUUUCUAGCACGCCUUGCCGAUAGGAAUUUGCCACCAUUGGUUUUGGCUGGCUGGAAAUUUGAUGGGCGUCAGACAUCCAUAAUGACGCAGGAACGAGUGGAUUCCCUCAACUUGAGGGCUAGUCCUGGAGGCAAACGUAUCUUCCAAGUACAUCAACCAGACGCAACGUCUUCAGGUGCUGAAUUUUCAACAACCACAAGAUCAGCCGCAAUGUUCUCCUUACAGGGGAGCAACAUCUCCUCGGCCACAUUGGUUUCACCCGAGAAGAUCAUCACUCUGGACGGGCCCCUGCAGUUUGUCGAAGACGCAGACUCCUACAGCAACUUCUUGACUGCGGAAAGCUUGACCACCAGGGUUGCUGUCCAAUUCGAUCAACGGUCCAGACUGUACUCCUUAUACAACUGGGAGUGGGGUAUGCAUGCUUGUAUGGCGUUGAUGGACUCCCUUCUGAAGGCCCAACAAUUUGAGCAAGCUCGCAAUGUGGCUCAUUACGUGUUUGAUCCUUUCGCUCCUGGUGAUAAGAGCGACCCGUCCCGGUUUUGGAAGUUCCCUCCCUUCAAGGUGGCUUCAGUGGCUACCAUAGAAUCGCUGUUCCUAGAACUUGAGGCUGGAGCAGUGAACAAUCCUAUCAGCGACUGGAGAAACCACCCCUUCCAGCCUCAUGUGGUUGCGCGUAGUAGGCCCGAGGCGUACAUGAAGUGGAUUGUGAUCAACUACAUCAAGAUUCUGAUUGGCUGGGGCGACUCCCUAUUCUCGCAAAAUACCCUCGAAAGCAUUCCACAAGCUAUACAGUUGUAUGUUAUGGCGUCCCAUAUAUACGGUCCCCGGGGGCAGAUCAUCCCGCGACGAACAAAUCAUGUACCUCAGACCUUUAGAACGCUGUCGAGGAAGUUUGACGCGUUCUCCAAUGCGAUGGUCCAACUUGAAGAGGCGUUCCCCUUUAGUAAUCAAAUGCCUCUACCUGUCGGCAAACUACCACUAGACGACGAUGACAACCUGCCCAACCUCUUCGGAUCCGCUGGAACAUUAUACUUUGCCAUACCGGACAAUCCCAGCAUUCGACAGCUAGCUGCCACCAUCGAUGAUCGUCUGUUCAAAAUCAGGAAUUCAGAGGACCUCAAUGGAAAUUUCCGGGUGCUGCCAUUGCUUGCUCCUCCGAUAGACCCUGCUCUGCUC